AUGGCAAUCGAGAACCUCAUCUCAGACCCUAGUCUUCGACCGUUACUGCAAACCUCACAAGCAACCUUGGCUCAAACAUCAUCUGCCUUAGCAUGGCUUCAAGAACACCCUGUAGGACAAGACCCGUCAUUAGAGACAAAGCUCGAACUCUCUCAGCAACAAAAAGUGCUCAACGCAUACCUGGCUAAAUUGCGAGGUCAGAGUCGUAAAGCCGCCUUUGGUGCACGAACAACCAAGCAAGAGACUGCAGAAGCAAGACAAGAGGUGGAUCGAUUGUUAUUGCAACUACAGAAUCUGUACUACGAGCAAAGACACUUGAUGGGUGAGAUAGGGGCUUGUGAAGGCUAUGACCAUGCAUACACACAUCUACCUCUCCAUCCACUGGACGAAUACCUCUCACUCUUUCCAGAACAAGCGGACCUUUCAGAGCAGGAACUCAUGCCACUGAGGAUUGAACAUGAAAAACAGGAGCGGGAGAAAAUGGAGCAGGAGAGACUGGCCCUGGUCAAGAUCAAGGACGCUUUGGUCAAGGAGAACACUCGGAAGAAGGAUGAGCUGAAGAAAAUGGACGAGAAGCUGGAAGCUAUGAUCGAUGGACUGGAACCACUGAAGGAAGCCUUGCAGAAGGAUCUUGCAUCUUGA